AUGACGCGCUUUAAUCGUUCGUGCAAUCUACGUCGUCACCUAACCAACGUCCAUCAUAUAAAGUCAGAUGAUCUUGUCAUCUUUCCUGUAGAUGCGACUCUGUCAUCUACUUCGGCUGCUCACGAAGAACAGGUUAUCGGUGAACGCCUACAAGCGCCAAGUAAUAAGAGGACUGUUCCUACGCGUCCUAGAAACUGUUCCAUUAAGAAGCUCUCCAAUGGCCGCGGGCCAUGCAAGACCUCUAUCCCUGAAGAUCUUUCCUCUGGGGACGUCAUCGAUAAAAGGGAGAAAGAUUUAACUCAAAUCACCGUUUCAUCGAAUUCUGCAGUCCCAAUGCUGCCCCCCCACAAAGGUGUUUCAACGAAUACCUUGAAAGUUAAAAAUGGAGAAAAAAAUCAUCUUACAGAACUUGCUUCUGCAAAAAAAUCGUUUCGCUAUGAAGUGAGUAGCAUCGAGUUUUUUGUCAGAUUUGCUUUGCUUUUCGAGUUCACAUUAUGUUCAUUUUUAACUUUUGCUAUUUAA